UGGGAGCGAGCACGGAGUCCAGCCGGGCCGGCACCGAGGGGCCCUGGGCCGGCGUGGACUCGGGGUGGGCCAGCGCGGGGGUUAGGGAACUGUCCCGGACCUAUCAUGAGCGCCAAUAAGAGAGGGAGCCCCGCGCGGACUCAUUCCAUGAUGUCCCUGUCGGUGCGGCCGCAGCGCCGCCUGCUCAGCGCCCGGGUCAGUAGGAGCCAGUCCUUCGCAGGCGUCCUCGGAAGCCAGGAGCGGGGGCCCAGGAGCUUCCCGGCCUUCAGUCCCCCGGGGCCCCCUCGGAAGCCCCCGGCGCUCUCCCGAGUGUCCAAGAUGUUUUCAGUGGCGCACCCUGCCCCCAAGGUCCCGCAGCCUGAGCGCCUGGACCUGGUGUACACUGCGCUCAAGCGAGGCCUGACGGCCUAUUUGGAAGUGCACCAGCAGGAGCAGGAGAAACUCCAAGGACAGAUAAGGGAGUCCAAGAGGAAUUCCCGCCUGGGCUUCCUGUAUGACCUGGACAAGCAAGUCAAGUCCAUUGAACGCUUCCUGCGGCGGCUGGAGUUCCAUGCCAGCAAGAUUGAUGAACUGUAUGAGUCAUACUGUGUGCAGCGGCGUCUCCGGGAUGGCGCCUACAACAUGGUCCGUGCCUACAGCACUGGCUCCCCGGGGAGCCGCGAAGCCCGGGACAGCCUGGCUGAGGCUACUCGAGGGCAUCGCGAGUACACAGAGAGCAUGUGUCUGCUGGAGAGUGAGCUGGAAGCACAGCUGGGCGAGUUCCACCUCCGGAUGAAAGGGCUGGCCGGCUUCGCCAGGCUGUGUGUUGGUGACCAGUAUGAGAUCUAUAUGAAAUAUGGGCGUCAGCGCUGGAAACUACGGGGCCGCAUAGAGAGUAGUGGAAAGCAAGUGUGGGACAGCGAGGAAACCGUCUUUCUGCCUCUGCUCACGGAAUUCCUGUCCAUCAAGGUGACAGAACUGAAGGGCCUGGCCAACCAUGUGGUUGUAGGAAGCGUCUCCUGUGAGACCAAGGACCUGUUCGCUGCCUUGCCCCAGGUUGUAGCAGUGGACAUUAAUGACCUCGGCACCAUCAAGCUCAGCUUGGAAGUGACAUGGAGUCCCUUUGACAAGGACGACCAGCCCUCAGCUGCUUCUACUGUCAACAAGUCCUCUACAGUCACCAAGCGCUUCUCCACCUAUAGCCAGAGCCCACCAGACACACCCUCGCUUCGGGAACAGGCCUUUUAUAAUAUGCUGCGGCGGCAGGAGGAGCUGGAGAAUGGGACAGCAUGGUCCCUGUCAUCUGAAUCUUCUGAUGACUCAUCCAGCCCACAGCUCUCAGGCACUGCCCGCCACUCCUCAGCCCCCAGGCCCCUGGUACAGCAGCCUGAGCCUCUGCCCAUCCAAGUUGCCUUCCGUAGGGCUGAGACCUCCACUUCUGGGCCCAUGGAUGAGGAGGGGGCUGUAGCCCCAGCCCUGGCCAAUGGGCAUGCCCCCUACAGCCGGACUCUGAGCCAUAUCAGUGAGGCCAGUGUGGACGCUGCCCUGGCUGAGGCUUCAGUGGAGGCUGCAGACCUAGAAAGUCUAGUCCGGGGACCUAGCCCACCUGCGUGCCCAGAUCCCACCCAUGGGGAGCACCCUGCUCCUGUCCCUCCUGCCCUGGUUGCUGGCUGUUCUGCCACAAGCCCCACUCUCAGUACAACAGGCCCUGCCCCAUCUGCUCACCUAGGCUCGGCUAACAAGACCAUAAAUUCUAGCUCUCCUGAACUGCCCACCCAGACCACUACAGGCUCCACCUCUAGUGCCAUAAGCCCUACCCAUAGUGCUCCAAGCCUCACUCACUCUACCACAGCUUCUACCCACAAGACCGUGGUCUCUGUCCUCACUGCCACAGGUCCUACCCCCAGUACCACAGGGCCAGUCCAGACCACCACAAGUCCCACCCACAAACCAGUGCUUUCUCCCCCGACUCCUGCAGCUCCUACCCCCAAUACUACAGACCCAGUCCAGACCACCGCAAGCCUCAGCCACACUGUCACAAACUUGACACACACUGUCACAAGCGCUAUCAACAAGCCCAUGGUCUCUACUCUCAUUACCGCAGUCCCUACAGCCAGUGCCACAGGUCCACUGCAGACUACCACUAGCCCCACCCACACCACCACAAGCCCCACCCACACCACCACAAGCCCCACCCAUACCACCACAAGCCCAGCCCACACUACUGCAAGCCCCACCCAUACCACCACAAGCCAUACCCAUACUACUGCAAGCCCCACCCACACCACCACAAGCCCCACCCAUACUACUGCAAGCCCCACCUAUGCCACCACAGGCCCUACCCACACUACUGCCAGCCCCACCUACACCACCACAGGCCCUACCCACACUACUGCAAGCCCCACCUACACCACCACAGGCCCCACCCACACUACUGCAACUACUACUCCCAAAGCCAAGAUGUCAACUAACACCACUACAGCCAAUGCUAAGGACCCAGUCCAGACCACCAGUAGUCCCACUCAUUGUGUCACAAGCCCCACUCUUACAACUGUAAGCCCCUCCACUUUUCUAGGCUUUGCCAAGCUCUCCAGCCCCUCUGCAAAUACAGACCCUCCCCACCUAGGCACUGACCCCCUGUCUGGUAGUUACCUAGCCUCCACUCCUUGCACUCAGGCAGACCCCAUAUCCCCCAGCACCUCCCAUCCAAGUCCUGCUUGUUCCAGUUGGGAGCACCUCACAAGCCCUUCCCCAGACCCCCCAGAAGCCAUCUGUCAGAGCCCAAGUCUCCUUCCCUCACCCCUAGCCCCUGUGCCCCAGCAUCCAGACCCUAAAGUGGCCAGGGCUGCUCCUGCCCCAGUUCCAGGGGCAGCUGGAGGGGCUGGGGACAGGAGGCUGGAAGAGGCUCUGGGGGCCCUGAUGGCUGCCCUGGAUGACUAUCGUGGCCAGUUUCCCGAGCUGCAGGGUCUGGAGCAGGAGGUGACCCGGCUAGAGAGUCUGCUUAUGCAGAGACAAGGCCUGACUCGGAGCCGGGCCUCCAGUCUCAGCAUCACUGUGGAGCAUGCCCUAGAAAGCUUCAGCUUCCUCAAUGAGGAUGAAGAUGAAGACAAUGACAGUCCUGGGGACAGGCCCCCAAACAGCCUAGCACCUGGGGCUGAGGACAGCCUUGACUCGCCCAGUGCCCGACCCCUCAGCACAGAGUGUCCAGCUCUGGAUGCUGCCUUGGUUCAGCACCUGUAUCACUGCAGCCGCCUCCUGCUGAAACUGGGCACAUUUGGGCCCCUGCGCUGCCAGGAGGCAUGGGCCCUGGAGCGGCUACUGCGGGAGGCCCGAGUGCUCGAAGCAGUAUGCGAGCUCAGCAGGCGAUGGGAAAUGCCUGCCACCUCUGCCCAGGAAGUGGUGCAGUUCUCGGCCUCUCGGCCCGGCUUCCUGACCUUCUGGGACCAAUGCACAGAGGGACUCAGCCCUUUCAUCUGCCCUGUGGAGCGGGUGCUCCUCACCUUCUGCAAUCAGUACAGCGCCCGUCUCUCCCUGCGCCAGACAGGCUUAGCCGAGGCUGUGUGCAUCAAGUUCCUGGAGGAUGCCCUGGGCCAGAAGCUGCCCCGGAGCCAGGCAGGCCCUGGAGAGCAGCUCACCGUCUUCCAGUUCUGGAGUUACGUCGAAGCCUUGGACUGCUCCUCCAUGGAGGCCUAUGUAACCGAGACAGCUGAGGAGGUGUUACUGGUGCGGAAUCUGAACUCAGAUGACCAGGCUAUUGUGCUGAAGGCCCUGAGGUUGGCACCUGAGGGGCGGCUCCAAAGGGACGGGCUCCGGGCCCUCAGCUCUCUGCUUGUCCAUGGGAACAACAAGGUCAUGGCUGCUGUCAGCACUCAGCUCCGGAGCCUUUCGCUGGGCCCUGCCUUCAGGGAAAGGGCCCUGCUGUGCUUCCUGGACCAGCUGGAGGAUGAGGAUGUGCAGACCAGAGUGGCCGGCUGCCUGGCUCUGGGCUGCAUCAAGGCUCCAGAAGGCAUUGAGCCCUUGGUGUACCUCUGCCAGACGGACACAGAAGCCGUUAGGGAAGCAGCUCGGCAGAGCCUGCAGCAGUGUGGAGAAGAGGGACAGUCUGCCCACCGAAGGCUGGAGGAGUCACUGGAUGCCCUGCCCCGCAUCUUUGGGCCCGGCAGCAUGGCUAGCACGGCAUUCUAAACUCCUCACCCAGCGGCCCCCAGUGCCCCUUCCCCGCACCUUCAGGGCUUACCAGGCACUGCCAGGGAGGAUGAGGGCUGGCUCCAGGCAUCCUUCCCUCACAGAUUCCUAUCAAUGAAAAUCUAAUAUAUUCUCCUGUUGUCCUUGGGGUUGGUGGAGUCAGUGCCACAGUCAAGUGCCUCCCAGCCUUGGCUCAGCACACUUGCCAUAGAUCGGUGUCCUGGGCCUGGCCGUCCUGCCUCUGCCCUGCCCUUGGUUUUGUAUUUUAUUUACAGAGUUUUACAGAAAAUAAAAAAAAAAAAAAAAAAAAGCAGAAAUGCCUUUCCUACAUAGCCUGGACUGGUGCACUUCUAACCUCCUGCUCCAGCAUCUUCUGGCUGUGGCCCUGACACUAGUGUGUACACACUCCAACUGUGACAGUACCAUGUGCUUUUUUUGCCCUGAAAAUCCAGAUGGAAGAAGCUCAGAGGCGGAAAUGGGCUUGGAAAAGAGGGCAGAGGAAGAGGGUGGUGGAGUGUUGCCGAGGAGGCCCGGCCUGCAGAGCUGUGUAUGAAGAGGUUCGGCUGGGCCUUUAACCACCUGCUGGGGAAGCCAAGCUGAGGAGAAAAAAAACGGUUCGGAGAGGCUCUCACUCUGGCAACUCUGGACAGUUUUGAGCCUGCUACCUCCGGUGACGGGAGGCUGAUGACACCACCAGGAGUCAGAUGCACCAGAGCAGGGAAAGUCUGUGCCCAGAUGUCCUGUGGAGCCUGUGCCAGCCUCUGUGAGGGGACAGAAGGAAGUGGGCCUCCAAGGUCUGUGACACCCUGAGAAACGCCCCACCGAUCAAGUCCAUCUAGGCUGCAGCCAUGCCCUGGCCACUAUUGCUGGGGCUCUCCACGCUGUGGAAAAAGGGACCAGGCUGAGGUAGUCCAGCAUACAGUUUAUUGGGUAGGGGGGCACUGGAUCCCCCCACCCCACCUCCUUUCCUUUUGCCCUCUUCCAACCUUACCUUUCCUCCAGUCUCUGCUCUCCUUCCUCAUGUAUUCAGAGCUGCAGAGAACCAAAAAAAGAAGAAAGAAAAAAACAUGGUAAAGGCAAAGAGGCAGAUGGGUUGGCAUGUGGGAAGAGAACUGCUUCUUUGUCUUGCCCACAGAGUGGGGGUGCCUUCCUUGUGUGCUUCUGCCUGGUGUGUGGGUACAAUUUGCUGAACCCUGGACAUAUGACAUGUUCCCCCCACCCCUGGCAUCUCUGGAGGACCCUAUUUAGGCCAUCUCUCAGCCAUGGACAGAAGGCUGUUGGCCUGGCUGCUGGACCUGGCUCUCCUGGGCCGACGUAAUACAGAGGGUGAGCUUGGGAAGGACUCCCAGACCUAAAUGAACUGCUACGGAAAAACAUCUAUCAUUUGGAAAAUAAGACUGUCAUUGACCUGCAGGAAGAGGCCUCUUGUUUCAGAAGGCUGCAGUGGGGUGAUGGUCAUAGUUUGAGUUUGAUAUCAAUGGUCAAGUCUCAUUUUCCUCUGAAGACACCCAGAGCAUAUUGGAUCUGCCAAUAGUAUUGACUUGGAGAAGCUGAAUAAGCAACCGAAUUGCCAUGUUAACACUGACGUUUCUAGCUGUUUCCUCUGAAUCUCUCUACAGCUUUCUCCUCCUCCUCCUCCUCCUCAAGCAUCCUCUUACAAACAUCACUCCACAGCAUUCCAUUCUAGGCCCCUUGCUCCUCUCUUUUGAAACACACUCCUUGAAGCACCUUAUCCAUUUCUCUGGCUUCCAUCUAUAUGCUGAGGCUGUAUGCCUCAUGGCUGUAAUUCACAUGGCUCUCUCCUCAUCUCCUGACCCUCAUAUCCAACUGCUGACUGGACACCUUUUGAAAAGCAUGCUCAAAAUCAAACAUCUCAAAACCUGCUUCUCCUCUCAGACUCUCGGGGUUACCAUCUACCCAGUUUAUUGGUACUCAAGCCAGGUACUCAAGCCACACAACUGGGCCUCACCCUUGAUUCUUGCCCCUGUGCCCUCAUCCGAACCAUCACAAUCUUUGCAAUUAAAUACCC